UGACAUGUAGGGCGAAACUAAAGGACUUGAAUCAUGGAGCGUGACUCGUGCGGGAUCACAGUGGAUGAGACCGGAGGCCUGUCGGGCUUUUCGCUCCCUGACAACGUUCCGAAGGUACAGUCCGAGUUUUUGACUCUUGAAUUCUCCAUGCGGUCGGGAACUAACGCAAUACGCUAUCAAGAUCAUAUUGGCCUCCAGACUGAAUUUGCCCCAGAAAUCAAGGCAACUGCUGAUGUAGAAGCAUUGCUGCUGGAAGGCUCGGAACACAUCCACAUGUUGUACACGUUUCGUAGUAUUGGACGUGCAGUACCCAUGGUGAAUGAUCAGGGCCGGCAGAGCAAGAACGAAAUAAACUUACAGACAUUCUAUGCGCUCCAGCCGCAAAUUGCCAAGAUAAGAAGACUCAUGGAUUUUCAAGAGAAAGGAGUCGCUAUAAUCGAGCGAUGUAUGCGCAGCCUAGUAACUAGGGAAGCACGUGAACGUAUUGUUCCUGAUGGAUAUUAUGACGCGAUAACGAAAGUCGUCGAUCUCCUCCAAAAACUAGAUAAUUUGAAAGAUAUGAAAGCUAGCCUUACUACUGACUUCUCGCGGUACAAUCGUGUGUUGCAAGCGUUGAGGGCCGAGCUGCCAAACGGAGAUCAACUGGCGCAAGAGAAGCACAAGUUGCAGCUAUUUCUAUCAAAUUUCCAAUAUCCUAAAAGUCUGAUAUUCCACAAUCUUCGUGACGCCCUGAAAAAAAUUCCUGGCCACGAGGAGAUCCUGAUAGAAAUGCUGCAGCAGAAUGUAGAUUUCAUCGAAAACGAGCGUCACAUGAUGCCUGAUGAAAAGUACAGGCUGAUUCGAUCUCUCCCACACCUGAUGUUGCUCAUCGAUGGUGAUGUAGAGGAGCCCGGCCAAUCCAGUGGCGCAGGUGGGAAAGUGAUGAAUGUCUUCAAAGACAAGCGCAUUCGUCUUGCUCCGCUACAAGCCAUUUUUAAAUCAUAUCCGGUGGUGCCCGAAUACGGGGAUAUGUCCAUGACAAUGCUUGUCAUUCUGAAGCGCGCACCGCAUUGGGACUCAUCUAUGGAGAAGAGCUGGGGUAGUGAGCCCGAUCGAAAGGUGGUUUCACGAUAUUCGUUGCUCACUCAUUGGUCAGAAAUCAAAUCUCACCAUGCGGAGUAUCUGUCAAAGUUCUCAAAAACAACCAUAGAACUCGCAGCCUACGACUUCAAGAAGGCACUAACCGCAACAAAGUAUGCAACGUUUAUCUCGAAGCUCAUAGUGGAUGGAUUUAAGUUGCUGCAGUCGUGGACAUGUAAGGUCCUCGAGGCAUACCACUGGAAGCUGACACAUCCGUACGGGUAUUAUUUAGGGAAAGCUGGAGCAACGCCGUACGAAGCUGCAGUGAAAUUUAAUUAUUCACCGCGCGAGCUUGGUGUUGUUGUUGAUGUGAUAUCAAUGAUCAAGAGCUUAAGUGCAAUUCUCACAAAUGUUGAGUCUGACGUUGCUCCAUAUGUGCGCUUGCACGUCCACCAUGAGGUGCAACAGUUUGUUGCUGGUGAAUUGAUACCGCCGCUGCACCGCGCACAAAAACGCAAGCGGGCCAUUAUAGUCCCAUUAUUGAAGCUUCGUCGCUUGGUGGCUGAUUGGCCCGACUCGAUGGAGCCAGUAGAUGACUACACUCGGUAUUCCAGGCAAGACGGACGCGUUGAAGCAGUACACCCCGUGCGUGUGGUGGGGCCUAGCCCGACGCAACUACAGUUAAUGCGCACGAUGGUUCGCAGUAUGUUCGACCAGCGAAAUCAACUUAAGGUUGGCAUGUUUUCCAAAAGGGAUCUCGAGCGAGAGGAUCUUCAGCUGAUGGAGACUUUCUAUAAUGAAAGCCUGUGCUUCCAAUAUAUUUUGAAUCACGCGGUCACUCUCCGUGCGAAUUCAGAUCUUGCUGAUUUGUGGUAUCGCGAGUUUUAUCUCGAGCUUUCUGGGCAAAUUCAAUUUGCAAUUGAGCUGUCGUUUCCUUGGAUUUUGACAGAACAUGUCAUUACCAAUCAAGCUAAAUCCAUGCCUCUAGUUGAAAAUAUUUUGUAUACUAUGGAUGUCUACAAUGAUGCAGCCCACCGAUCCCUCUAUGUCCUCAGCCAACGAUUUUUAUAUGAUGAAAUUGAAGCUGAAGUAAACCUCGUCUUUGACCAGUUGAUAUUUCUGAUAUCUGACCAUGUAUAUUCCUAUUACAAGGAUAAUAUUGGAUCGAGAACCAUUGAUGGCCCCUAUCGGAACCGACACAUUCAAGUGCUAGGACGUGUCAUAGAUCUCAAUCUUCUUAUUACUCAGCACGUCAAUGGCAAGUUUUACAAAGAUAUCGAAUAUUGCAUUAAAAAAUUUGAGGCAUCGGAGCUGUCGAGUGUUGUUGACUUCAACCGUGCAUUGCAGAUCGUCCAGGAAACCCAUCUUUCUCUCGUCUAUCACCUUGAGCUUGACACUUUCGAGACAAUCCUCACUGAAGUUGACGAGGCUGUUGGUCCGACUGCGUUUGCAGGGCGGACACUGAUGCACGUACUUGCAUCCUUGGUCACUGAUAUCUUCCCAAAUUAUGCAUAUAACAAUUUUACACGUCGCUUCGUGCGUUCACCGGUGGCGCUUAAGCCUGUUGAUCGUCCAAAGUCACCAAAGGCAGAUCAUCAGCACUUUGCCGUUGGUGCUUACACAGCCCGCGCGUUUGAAAUGGCAAACAAGCUGCAUCGCAGCUUCGUAGGCAGCACCCAUACUGCUGCUAUUGUGAGAAUUCUUGGAACUAGUGGCGUGCCUCUAUUAGUCAAUAACUUGCUCACCAAUCUUCAGGAAAGGCUCGAAAUAUCGAAGGCUUAUUUGGAUGCAAUCACGAAGGGGCUCCCCCCUUGCAAGCUCCCAAAAGCCAUGUAUGGCCUGGCUGGUUGUUAUGGUGUAUUCGAUGCCCUUUUGAAGCCGAUACUUGCUUACGUGGACCUUAAGCCUGAAGUUUUUCAAGCAUUCAAGGAGGUUGGUAAUGCGCUUUUCUUCAUCAGGGACAUGUCCGAUGUGCUCGAUUGUAUUGAUCUUGCCCGCGGUCUGCACCAGUUCUCCUGGAUUCCGCUCGCCGACAGCUACAAGCCUGUCCCUGCGCUCUCUCAUCUUGCUAUUGAAUGUCAUAGCUUGACUUGCGCGAUGCCAGAAGAACAAAUGCGUUGUGUAAUCCCCCGAGGCGCUGUCCCCGAGCUCGCUGUGAUUGCAGAGAGAAUACAGGGAGAUAUGCUCUCUGAAGCUGAUCAACGCAUCACACUAUUUUGGGGGGCGCUGACUCACCUCUCUUUACUUAUCCAGCCAUUUCGUCCAGGAUGGACAGAGCUCCUGCCAAGUAAUGGCGUCCUCGAUUUAGAAGCGACCGGCUCGUUUCAUAGGCUCUGGUCCGCGCUCGGCUUUCUCUUCGGCAUACAGACUCAAAACACGCUGACAGCUGCAAUUUCUGACGAAUACCAGUUCGGCCAUGGAUUUUUCAUGGCCGGUGCUGCUUUAAUUCAGCUCCUAGGGCAAAGGGCCCAGUUCUGUGCACUCGACUUUUCUACCCACGUCCUGCGUGUGGAAGCGUAUGAAAGUGCUGCAGCCGCGCGCGCUGAAGGAGUAGGUCUUGCUGAUGUCACAUUGCGAGAAGAGGCUAGUAGUUUCGUUUUGCUAAAAGCGAGGCACUCACAAUUGUAUACUAUUGCAUUUUGCAUACUAGAUGCACAUACACAAUCUCAACAGCACCGAUCGACCGAACCAAUCUUUCACCCUCCUGGCAGCUAUGACAAGUAAUUUGUAUCUCACGUACCAGCAUGCCCGCCAAACGGACAGUCCAUCUGAAUUGAACGGACAGUCCCGAUUCAGACUUUAAUCUGCCCAGUUCCAAAUAGUAGAUGACCAGUGGAUCCUGUGUUGGAUGCUAUGGGAUUUGUAGGCUGAGUUUGUUCUUCUGCACGUUUGGGCCGCAACUCCACACUAUCAGCACAGCUCCACUGGCCGCUCCACUCGUGCGGCUUUUCCUUCACAAUACAAGGGCGUAUGCCAUUUGCAGACGCCGGGGCCUGAACGGGCCUAGUUGGGGCGAACGCGGGAAUUCGACGCGUUCUAGUUUAGACCCCGCCCGGCCCCCCGGCGCCUGAGUAAAGCCCGCUAGUAAAGCCUUCAGCC